AUGACAUCAAUAAUAUCCAAAUAUUCUGAAGCUGAAAAAAUGAACAAGGUUCCUUUAAACUUCAUUCUAACACUGUUGUGA